AUGCCUCGGGAGGGAGCAGCUGCCGACAUUCCAGAUUUGGCGACGACUCAAUCAAGUGCAGGCUAUGGGGAACAAACCCAGUAUCGGCGGUCUCCUUAUCGAAGGGCGACCUGGAGGCAAUUGGUUGGCGGCGAGCGAAAAGAAACCGCCUUAAGAAGAGAUCGAGCCAAUUGGCUUUUGGUGAAGCGAAAGCUGGUGAAGAACGACCAGUCAAGCGGGGCAGAUUAA